AUGAAAGCGUGGAAAUCACUGGUAGUAGUGGCCUUUGCACAUAGAGCAUUAUGCUCUGAAGGAGAUAUUUGUUACGUGGUCGGAGCCAAAACUAGCCUUGUUGAAGACCGGCUAUAUUUCAUGGGCGGUAACUACAGCGUUAUAUCCUACGAUGGCCAGGUGAUUGAACCUGCUGCAUCUCUCUACUCUAUCGGCCUAAAUAGUCAAUUUCCAGUAGAAAGGUCUAUUCCUCAGGCGGUCCUUAAUAAUCACACCAUAACGUCCAAAAAGAGUGUCGCAUACGAGAACGCGCUACGUACAAGCGGCGGCGACGCAAAUGGAGCAAUUUGGAGCAUUGACGACAGCAUCUACGUCUUCGGCGGUGGCUUUAAGACUCCAAAUGACAAGUUGUCGGUCUAUAAUGUUUCAACAGAUAAGUGGAAAGAUGUGACUGUCGCAGGUGGCAACUUCAACUUCGGGAAUCGCACUUCUGUCCAGUUUGCUAGCGCUCCCGACUCAGGUCUAGGCUUUAUAUACGGUGGCAGCGCACCAUAUAUGAGCGGCAUGAUCCGAUUCAAUGCGACUGAUCCAGAUAAUCUCUCUUGGACCAACGAGACACUCGGAAACGGAUCAUAUGGCACACAAGUCCCGAAUUUAAAUGCUGGUGCAAUGGUUUAUAUUCCAGCGGGAAAAGAAGGAAUGCUGAUCAGCUUCGGAGGUGGAAAUAUCACUGCCGGUAUAAGUCCCUACUCGGGCUGGCCUUACGAAGCGGACUGGCUCAUUAUUUAUGUAUACGACAUUGCCACCCACACAUGGUGGAUGCAAGAGGCUUCAGGCAGCCCUCCUUCAAACCGGGAUUCUUUCUGCACAGCUGUCACAGCAUCUCCAGAUGGCGGGGCGUUCCACAUCACAACGUACGGCGGAUGGAGCCUGGGCGAUCAGCGGUCAUACGAGGAUGUGAAUAUUCUAACAAUCCCGUCAUUUACAUGGAUUAAUGCCACCAAACUAUCCAACAAGAGCAAUAAAGAGCAGCAAAUCAACUCAACCAUUGGACGUGACGCACUAAAUGGCGCUUGUCAGACAUACCAGGGCUCGCAAAUGAUCGUGCUUGGAGGCGAGAUACGUGCGGAUGCUUAUUCGCUCACCAAUGGGGCGUGCAGCAACGUGUUUGAGCCUGUUCGCGUGCUCGACCUCUCCACAUACAAAUGGCAGACAGAGCUGAGUACAAAUCUUAGCUAUGAGGUGCCAGCCGUUAUCUUCAAUGAGAUCGGUGGAAAUAAAAAUGGCAGUGCCACAGUCACAGCUCCUGCUGCUGGGUUCGCAGACGCUACUUUGGCCUCCCUGAUUCAACAACGAGUCGCUACCCCCACAAAUACAGGCACAAACACAGCCCUCUCAACUCCAUCCAAUACAGCCUCAACUCAAGACCAGGACAAAAAGUCCAAUCAUAUAAAUAGCGGCGCUAUUGCGGGCGGUGUGGUCGGUGGAGUUGCUGGACUCGCAAUCAUUGCAGGGAUAGCAUGGCUCUUGAUCAAACGUAGUCGUGCCCAUAAAAGCCUUGCAAAGGAUCCCCAAAGUGGAAGUGAUCGUUCAUCACCACAUUCAGAAAUAUAUGAACUGGAUGCUGCGCAUCCAUUCGAGGCGCCUACAGAUGGAGAAAUCUUGGAAAUAAGUGGAGAAGGUACCACUGAACUUCCUGGAGCCCAAGGUUUGGCGGAACUAGGGGGCCAUGAAAAGGAUAUCAAACAGACCUCAACAGGUCAUCUACCCUUAUAA